AUGAUACCUGUAAUUAAAACAGAUGGAUUUUGAAAGAUUAUGUUAUUUGUUUUCAGACAGUGACAGUUAUAUUAUGAUGCAAAAUACGCUUCAAAUCUACAAUUGCUUAAUAUUAUACUUACACACAUUAUGCAUGUUUGAAAGGGACAAUUUUGCAGAGUGACAAUAAAGGUUUUAAAUUGAAUAAUGCUACUUUUACUCAGUCUUUAACAUAGACACCAAGGCAUGACCGGAGGACAUUUCAUUUUGUCACAUUUUAUUACGGCGGUAAUGAAUAUCCAAUUACAAGUUACAAAAACAAAUUGUUUUUUCAUGGUAAAUGGAACUGUACCGUUCGAAAGGAAUCAGGAUGGAAUUAAAGGUUCUGCUGGUUCUUGCUGUUCUUUCCUUCGCUUAUGGCCAAAUUCUACCAGAAAAGAAAUUACCAUUAUUUGCGUCCAGAACGUACGGUAGUAGAUUCCCUGGAGAUGUGAAAGAAAUAUUAAAGAUACCACCUGUCCCAAUGCCUGGCUUCAAUCUUUUAUCUUGGCUCGGCCCAUGGUUUUAUCAAUAUCAUAAAGCUCCAUGCAGCUGGGCUGUGUCUGAAGAGUUCACAGACUAUACCCAGAUUACGGAACUAGAGGGAACGAAUGUAAUAAACCAUGACACCAUGAGAAAUCGUGGCGUAUGUAAUUCAGUUACAUCAAUCAUGUCUGUCACAGGCCCAGGAGAGUUCACAGGCAAAGAUCUUGUUGGCAAUAAUUGGAGUGGUACAUUAAUUGUAGUUGCGACGGACUAUAAAAGUUUUUCUAUUUCUUGGGGGUGCACAAAAAUGUCGGUAUUUGAUAACAGAUGCGAGGAUCCUUAUGCAUACGUUAAAACUAGGCAGCGCAAACCACCAGCAAGAGUUCUGAGACGCAUAGAAAUGAUUCUCCGUGACAUAUGGGGUAUCUCGGUCAGACAGCUGACGAGAAUACUGCAUGGAAGGCCUUGCUCUUCUGGAAGGAAAAAGAUUGGAUGAGUACACAUACAUUGGAAGAGUCAGAAGAACAAAUACAAGAACAGUCUCCGAAUAAAAGUGUCACAAAAUGCAAAAAUAAAA